UACAUCUCUAUAGCCUAACCCUAUUUGUCAAAUAUAACCAUAUAAGAUAUAUUUUAAUAACAACUUUUUAUAUACUCGCAAUUACCAUGCGAUUUGUUCUAUGGUAUGUCUUCGUGCUCAGCUCCAUGGAUGUAUUUCAAAAGACCAAUGCCAAGUCUAAACUCAAAGCAAAAUCGAAGGACGACCCAUUACAGACUUAUAAUGGGGUCGUGCAGAAUUUGAUAAAGAACUGGGAGUCUCCAGUCGUCUAUCUGAAGAAACAAGGUUUUCUGCCCAGAAACUACGAGGAUGCGUCAAGAAUUAAGCCCAACCUGGACGCCCUGAUGCAGAGAAUAGAAAGGGCCAAACGGGAUCACACUAAAGAGAUCAUUCUGAAAGUAGGACCCACAGUAAUGCCGAAAGCUUUACCAAGAAAUCAACGGGGCUUUUUGUCCCCAACGGGCUCCAUGCUCUCCAAUUUGGAGCAGUUGAAAAUCAUUGAAGGCCAGGUAACGAAGGCUAAGUCCAGGACCAAGCCAAGUGAGCAGGAGCAACAGCUGCUGGCCAUGAAGCGGCGAUUGGAAGAGUUGCAGACGGCAGCUAACAGUCAGGAUCAGCUAGGAUACGGUGGGCAGAUCAAACUAACUCCCAGAGACAAGGAGCCAGUGAAGUCGGCAAAAAGCUAUGAUGAAAUAUUGCAGCGAAUGAUCGAAAGGACGAGCCCACAGCACACAAAGAAAUCCAAUUUGCAUUUGGAAACCCAUCAAUAUCAAUUAGCAUCAGCUCCCAAAGCAAACCCAAAAAUUGUUAAUUUGCCAUUGGGUGUCAGAACAGAUACACAGCUGACUUUGAACCCCAUCGACUUGAAUGAGCACAGUGCACCCCGAAAUUUAUUGGAUAAAUCCGCAAUUGAUCUGCCCAUAUCCAGAGCAGUGGACACCCAGAAGAUCAUGUCAAAAACAGAAUCAAAGCUGCGCGCACCCACGUAUCUGAAUUGGGACAUGACAAAAGGGCGACUGGACCAUUACUCAAGGGUGGACAAGGAGGCCUAUUUGAACCAGUUGGUGAGAGUGUUCGGGCAAAAUAUGGAUUUCAAGGAGCCCACUCAAAAAGAGGUCCUCAAAAUGAUGCACUAUCGCAAGGCCGAGAAUGUGGAGCAGGAGCUGAGCAAGAGCGAUCUGCCAUUCGAGGACUGCAUGCCAAAGUCCCAAAAGGACUUUUUGUGGAUGCACGUGAAAGGCGGCACCAAAGUGAGCAAUGUGAUUGAGUUUGCUCAGGCAGCGCUAAACAAGGGCGAACACAGAUGCGUGGUGUGGAGCGGAUCCGGCGGCGGAGUGGUGAAGACCAUAUCGUGUGCCGAGGUCCUCAAGCGGAGCCACCCAGUCUACCAGGUGACGCGCAUGGCGUACACCAGCGUGGAGGAGCACUGGAAGCCGCAGAUGGAAGGCCUCGAGGAGAUUAUAGUCACCCGCCAAAUACCCACGCUGCACAUUCUCAUGAGUCUGGACCAGCUGCCGGAUAGUAUAGACGGUUUACAAAAGCCAAAUAGAGCCACUGAUUUCUGGGAGGGCGGAGCAACACAGCCACAGCCACGUCCACAUCCACAUCCACGUACCCAGGCCCCCCAUCAGCAGCAACCACAUCAACCAGGAGCUGGUGUUCGGUCGAACAAGCGAAACAGACCCGGGCGCAAUAAACCAGCCCAACAACUCGGAAAACCUGUCGCUGAAGAGCAUUUGCCCGCCAGUUAGAGUCAAGGUUGAGAUAAACCGGCCAUGUGAAGAUGCCUUUAUUUACCCUUUGUAAGGAUAUAAAAAUAAAGCCUAAUUUAUCACAAAAGAA